AUGUCAGAAAUGAUGAUGUAUACAUAUGCGUACUAUGGAGAUGUAAAAGGUUUUAGUUCUUUAUUUAAUAAAGAGGAUUAUAAAGAUUAUGACGAAUAUGAAGAACAUGAUUUACUGGUAUGUAUUUACCAUGGAGUUAAUCUUAAUAUUGAAUUCUGCGAGUAUGCAUUAAAUAAUAUUCCUGAUUUUCCAUCUAGUUGGCCUGGUCCAAGUUUGAACUUACUAUUACAUUCUAAUUUAUAUGAAAAAUAUAUUGAUAGAUUUGACAAAUAUUUGAUAUAUUGUAUGGAUAAGUUUGAAAAUGUUCAUAUCGAUUCAAUCAAAGAUGAAUUAUCAUUCAUUUAUUCGAUAACAAAUAAUAAGAAAGAUUUUGAUAAAUUAAAUUUAACAUAUAGAUAUUAUUUCACAGAUUAUUAUAUUAAAAAUUUUAAUGUACCUGAUUUUUAUGAUAGAAAUAUUACUGAAAUUAAAGGUCAAGACUCAGAAUUUCGUUUUCAUUUAAAACUUUUCAGAAAACAAGAAUUUUAUGUUUCUAAAUUAAAAUAUCCUGAAGCUGAGGAUUAUUUUGAAUUAUUGUUAAAUCCUUAUUAUAUAGAUCAUAAAAAUUUAAAAGAAUUUAUACAAAAUAAAGAUUGUUAUUAUAAAGAAGAAAAAAAUUAUAAAAAGGAAAAUAUAUUAAAAGAUACAAGUUUAGCAAUUUAUUGUUUUAAAAAUAAUCUUGAUAUUGAUUAUUGUAUAAGUAGAUUUUUGGUUGUUGAUUCAUCAAUUUCUUAUGAUUUAUAUUUAAAGAAUAAAAUAUUUUUUAAAUGUAAUACAUUACCAAAUUUUGAUUCAAUAAUGUAUUUGAAAGAUAAAAAUAUUUAUUUAUAUUAUCAUUUUAUUUAUUAUUCAAUUAUUUAUGCAUAUUCAUCAAAAGCAAAAGUAAAUAUUGAUAAUUUCAAUAUUGAAUUUAUUGAAUAUAAUAUGUAUGAAGGAGCAAGAAAAUCUUGUACUAUUUAUAUAUUUGAUAAAAUUAAAGAAUUUAUAAAUAAAGGAAUGAAAGUUUAUAAAUAUAUUGAUUUAAAAAAUAAUGAAUAUUAA